AAGGCCCAGACAAUGACUUGUAGCCCACGGGGCUUUUCCUAUAAAUGGUUAAACCCUACACGUUGUGCGUGUCCCAUCUCCGAGCUUUAAACCCUUCUUUCUCCACCGACUCUCUCUCCAACCAAAAAUGGCAUCCGUCGCGCUUCUACGUGCUCUUCGCCGCCGCGAACUCCACACAGCUUCCGUCUCCGCGUUUAAAUCCGUUUCUACAAAUGGAAAGACGUCUUUGAUUGGGAAGUUAGGUCACUUCGCAAGGCCUUUCUGCUCGAGGCCUGUGGGGAAUGAUGUUAUCGGUAUUGAUUUGGGUACCACCAACUCUUGUGUAGCUGUCAUGGAAGGAAAGACUCCUAGAGUCAUUGAGAACGCUGAAGGAACACGAACCACACCAUCAGUGGUUGCUAUCAACCAGAAGGGCGAGCUUCUCGUUGGAACACCAGCUAAGCGUCAGGCUGUCACCAACCCAACCAACACCAUCUUCGGGAGCAAGCGUUUGAUCGGGAGACGUUUCGACGAUUCCCAGACGCAGAAGGAGAUGAAAAUGGUCCCUUACAAGAUCGUCAAGGCGCCGAACGGUGACGCUUGGGUUGAAGCGAAUGGUCAGAAGUUUUCUCCAAGUCAGAUUGGAGCUAAUGUUUUGACCAAAAUGAAGGAGACAGCUGAAGCUUACCUCGGGAAGAGCAUUACCAAAGCUGUUGUGACUGUUCCAGCUUACUUCAACGACGCGCAGAGACAGGCCACGAAGGAUGCUGGGAAGAUCGCUGGUCUUGAUGUCCAGAGAAUCAUCAACGAGCCAACAGCUGCUGCGUUGUCAUAUGGGAUGAAUAACAAGGAGGGUGUGAUAGCUGUGUUCGAUCUUGGUGGUGGAACGUUCGAUGUCUCUAUUCUGGAAAUCUCGAGCGGUGUUUUUGAGGUCAAAGCGACGAAUGGAGAUACCUUCUUGGGAGGAGAAGACUUCGACAACACUCUGUUGGAGUAUUUGGUUUCUGAGUUCAAGAGAUCUGACAACAUUGAUCUGACUAAAGACAAGCUCGCCCUCCAGAGGCUGAGGGAAGCUGCAGAGAAGGCCAAGAUCGAGCUUUCCUCAACAUCUCAGACCGAGAUCAACCUUCCUUUCAUCACCGCAGACGCUUCCGGAGCUAAGCACUUGAACAUAACCUUGACCAGGUCCAAGUUCGAAGCUUUGGUCGGGAAGCUGAUUGAGAGGACGAGGUGUCCGUGCCAAAACUGUUUGAAGGAUGCUGGAGUCACGGUUAAGGAAGUCGAUGAGGUUCUCCUCGUCGGUGGGAUGACACGUGUUCCCAAAGUGCAGGAGAUUGUCGCUGAGAUCUUUGGGAAGAGCCCUUGCAAAGGUGUGAACCCUGAUGAAGCGGUUGCCAUGGGAGCUGCUAUUCAAGGUGGUAUCCUCCGUGGUGAUGUCAAGGAGCUGCUUCUUUUGGAUGUGACUCCUCUCUCGCUUGGUAUCGAGACGCUUGGAGGGAUCUUCACUAGGUUGAUCAACCGAAACACCACCAUCCCUACAAAGAAGUCUCAGGUUUUCUCCACAGCUGCGGACAACCAGAUGCAAGUGGGAAUCAAGGUUCUUCAGGGAGAGCGUGAGAUGGCUGCAGACAACAAGAGUCUAGGAGAGUUUGAUCUCGUUGGGAUCCCACCUGCGCCAAGAGGAAUGCCGCAGAUCGAAGUCACCUUCGACAUUGACGCAAACGGUAUCGUGACGGUCUCAGCCAAAGACAAAGCGACAGGCAAAGAGCAACAGAUCACGAUCAGAUCCUCAGGUGGUCUCUCAGACGAUGAGAUCAACAGAAUGGUGAAAGAAGCUGAGCUCAACUCGCACAAGGAUCAAGAGAAGAAGCAGCUUAUUGACUUGAGGAACACAGCUGAUACCACAAUCUACAGCGUUGAGAAGAGCUUGAGUGAGUACAGGGAGAAGAUUCCUGCUGAGAUUGCCUCUGAGAUCGAGACUGCAGUGUCUGAUCUCAGGACAGCGAUGGCUGGUGAAGAGAUUGAGGAUAUCAAGGCUAAGCUUGAAGCAGCGAACAAGGCGGUGUCGAAGAUUGGAGAACACAUGUCUAAAGGAUCAGGCUCGUCUGGGAGCUCUGGCGGUGAAGGUUCAAGCGGGACUGACCAGCAGACCCCUGAAGCUGAAUUUGAAGAGGCCAGCGGUUCAAAGAAGUGAAGUCGCUAACCGGUUGAACUCGGUUUUGUUUCCAAAUAAGUUGACAUGCAUUAUUAUCCUCUUCACAAAUUUGAUUAAAGUUUUUUUGUAUGUUAAAACGUCCUUUGUGGAGGUAAUUCUUCAGAUCUUUGAUACUCGGAUGUAGUUUUUUGGUUUACUUUUUGCUUGAAACCUAUGGUUAUCAUAUUGACCGGUUAACCGGAUUGGAUAA